GCUUGUCUGUUUAAGGAAGCAUGAAGUGUUCCGAAAUCUCCUGGUAGACUGCUGCGUUAACCCUGGACUUAAUUAAGCACAGUGGACCAACACCAGCAAGAUGACUUGGCUUCCCAAACCAACACAGAAUGUGGAAACUUCACACUGGACUUUAAGCAUUUUGCAGUGUGUGCCUCUCUAUUCAAUCCUCCCCAGGCUGUGGUCAUCCCUGCUGCUUGUGCACCUUUUUCAUCCACACUUUUACCUUCCACAUAACUUUCUAUUAAUGUGCUUUGAUACAGCACUUUGGGAAAGUCCAACUUUUUUUUGCAAUUACCUUUUGAGGCUUUUCCAACUUAUGGAGGAUAUCAAUUAUGGUUUUCUGCACAACUGUCAGAAUAUCGAUAUGGCUGAGUUCCCUGUGGACAAGAUAAGGAACUUCAGCAUCAUUGCUCAUAUUGACCAUGGGAAAAGCACCCUUGCUGACAGACUGUUGGAGAUGACAGGUGCCAUUGCAAAGACGGAAAGGAAUAAGCAGGUGCUGGACAAGCUGCAGGUGGAAAGAGAGAGAGGGAUCACAGUAAAGGCUCAGACUGCCUCUCUAUUCUACAAGCACGAGGGACAGACUUAUCUACUCAAUCUGAUUGACACACCGGGUCAUGUUGACUUCAGCUAUGAGGUUUCCCGCUCAAUAUCAGCCUGCCAAGGAGUUCUGCUUAUAGUAGAUGCGAAUGAGGGAAUUCAGGCACAAACUGUAGCAAACUUCUACUUGGCGUUUGAAGCUCAGUUAACCAUCAUACCAGUUAUAAAUAAAAUUGAUUUGAAAAAUGCAAAUCCUGAGAGAGUGGAAAAGCAAAUUGAAAAGAUGUUCGACAUUCCAAGUGAGGACUGUAUCAGGAUUUCUGCUAAAUUAGGCACAAACGUGGAGCGAGUUCUUCAAGAGGUAGUAAAGAGAAUACCCCCACCCACAGCUAAACUAGAGGAACCAUUUAAAGCCCUGGUCUUUGACUCGAAUUUUGAUCACUACAGAGGAGUAGUAGCCAACAUUGCCUUGUUUAGUGGACAGGUCUGUAAAGGGGACAAAAUUGUCUCAGCCCACCUGAGAAAAACCUAUGAAGUUAAUGAACUGGGGAUUCUAAGGCCAGAUGAACAACCCACAGCGAGACUCUAUGCAGGACAAGUGGGAUAUGUGAUAGCUGGUAUGAAGGAAGUGAAAGACGCUCAGAUUGGAGACACAUUCUACCUCCAAAAACAACCAGUAGAGGCACUGCCUGGCUUUAAACCUGCUAAGUCCAUGGUCUUUGCAGGUAUAUACCCUACAGAUCAGUCGGAGUAUCCUUCUCUACGCAGCGCGGUGGAGAAGCUCACUCUGAAUGACUCCAGUGUGACGGUGCAGAAAGACAGCAGUCUGGCUUUGGGAGCUGGCUGGAGGCUGGGAUUUCUGGGUCUGUUGCACAUGGAGGUGUUUAACCAGCGUUUGGAGCAAGAGUAUAAUGCCUCUGUUAUAGUUACAGCUCCAACAGUGCCAUACAAAGCUGUCCUGGCUUCACCCAAACUCAUAAAGGAGUAUGGUCAAGAAGUGGUGACCAUUGUAAACCCAACCCAAUUCCCAGAGAGGUCUUGUGUGGUGGAAUAUCAGGAGCCAAUGGUAAUGGGAACUAUUAUCAGCCCUGAUGACUUUACUGGGAAGAUCAUGAGCCUGUGUCAGAGCCGCAGAGCUAUUCAGAAGAACAUGGUUUACAUCGAUGACCACCGUGUGAUGAUGCAGUACCUGUUCCCUUUAAAUGAAAUCGUUGUGGAUUUUUAUGAUGACCUUAAAUCCAUGUCAUCAGGAUAUGCUAGCUUCGACUACGAGGAAGCUGGCUAUGAACCGGCUGAACUGAUUAAGAUUGAUUUCCUGCUCAAUGGGAAGCCAGUGGAAGAGCUCACCACUAUCGUUCACAAAGACCGGGCCUACAACACAGGGAAAGCCAUGUGCGUGAGGCUACAGGAAUCCAUCCCCAGGCAGAUGUUUGAGAUCGCCAUCCAAGCAGCCAUCGGAAGCAAAGUCAUUGCCCGAGAAACAAUUAAAGCAUACAGAAAGAACGUCUUAGCAAAAUGUUAUGGUGGCGAUAUCACACGAAAAAUGAAGCUGUUAAAAAAACAAGCGGAAGGCAAGAAGAAAAUGAGGCGCAUCGGAAAUAUUGAGGUCCCAAAAGAGGCCUUCAUUAAUGUACUAAAAAGGAAGUAAAAGCUACUGUACAACAUAAACAUGUCGAAAAAAUGCUGUGUACUAAAGCUGUAUUCAAAGGAAUCAGAACAUCAAAAUCAAAUCUGUGGUGGCUGCAUAUGGCUGGUUAUUCAAAGCAGCAUUUUAUGCAGUCCUAAAUAUCCCAUAAUCCAGUUUGGCAAUAGCGGGCAGGGGGAAAAACCCAUCCUGGCUUGGCUUCCCCAGGAAUACCAAUCAUUUUGCCAACCACAAGGGCUUCCUGUGAAAAGUCAUGUUAGCAAUUGUGGAUUCAUCCUCCAUUAUUGGACGAGAUAUAUUUAGUGAGUGUACUAAAAAGGUUAAACACAGUGGGUUUCAGACAAAAGGUACUUCAUUAGCUGUGCAAUAAAUAAAUUUUUAUAAAAAAAAAAUAAAUAAAAUAAAAACUUUGUACAGAUUAACUGGUGGCUCAUGGGCCCAUAGUGUAAAGAUAGUAAAGCUAUUACUAUAAAGGUCAACUGUAAUUUUCACUCAAGAUUUUAUUUCUAACGGAAGUGCCUGUAUAUGUGUGUUUUGUUUUUCUUCAAUAAUACUUCAGUAAGUUUAGGUUACCAUUAGCAAAUGGUAAUAUUUUAAUGUUAAGCAUUUUCUUUUUGCCCUGUACCUUUUACAGCUGUGAAAGCACUGCCUUUUAGGGCACUGAAGAGACAGUAUAGAGAUUAAGGCAACUGCCUACUGUUUCAGACACCUUCACGGACUCUGAUGGAGAACAAUAGUGUAUUUAUUUCUGACUUAUGGACUGAAGCCAAAAUAUGUAGUACUCCAUACUUAUUUAAAAUGUAAAUAUACUGUAGAUCUAAAUAAUAUAUACAGAACACAUAUUUUUAGCUUUUGGGAGCAAUGAAACACUGAAGAUUCAAAUUUGUGUUUAAUUAUGUAGAGCACUUCAAGACAUUAAAAAGGAAAUAAUGAAUUUUUAAACUGAAGUGAAACACACAAGGUUUUCGUCUAUGAUUUAUAGGCCUGGAGUGAGGAAGGGAAAGAAAAUUUAUGUUUUUAUUUAAACCCCAUGUUCUUGCUUGGAAACUUGCAAGCAACUCCAUAAUGGAUUAUGGAAAACAACCUGGUCAGGGUUACUCUGGAUCUGGAGCCAGUCCUAGGAACACUGAGUAUGACACACUGGAUGGGACAGGGGUCAUUGCAACACACACAUGUACACAGUCAUUCACAGCUGUGGGUGAUUUCGCAUAGGCUGU